AUGGGAGGGGAGGCCGAUCUGGAGACACACGCUCUUCCUUUUAAGUUUGCUGGUAGGUGGAAUGGGACAGUCAUGAAUGGUGAUGCCCUUUGCCAAGAGUCUUCCUCCCAGCUUCCUGACUGGAGGGAAUUCUGUGAGCUCCAUGCCCAGGCUGCCGCGGUGGACUUUGCUCAGAAGUUCUGCCAGUUCCUGAAGGAGAACCCCCAUUACGAUACCCCGGGGGCUGAAACCUCCUUCUCCCAUCACUUUGCUGCCAAUUUCUUGGACAUCUUCAGCUUGGAGGUCAGUAGGGUGUUUGUGUCCGACUCCCCAACCAAGUACAACAUAGUGCCCUUUGUGGGGCUACAGAACUGCCACAUGCCUUACGGCCGAGACAUCCUCCAGAGGAAAGAGGAGACCUCCACAGAAUCCCUGGACAGCAUGGACAACCCCGUGAACUCCAGCCGAUAUCUGAGCCAGUCCCAGCAGGCUCAGGCCCAUAAAGUUUCUUCCUACGGCCACUCUCGGAGUUCAGAGGACGUCUCUGUCCAUGCUACUUCCAAGCCAAAAUUCAAGAAAGGCUUCUCCUUGAGGAAUAUGAGCCUGUGCGUGGUGGAUGGCAUGAAGGAGAUGUGGCACAGGAAGUCCUCUCCGGAGCCAGGCGUGGAGGCCACGCAGGGUGGCAGGAGGUCAGAGAGAGAGCACUGUCCCUCUGCAAACAAGGAACACAACGACACGAGGGAGAGAUGGACUCACAAGCUACGGCUGUCAAAAGUCCAGUCUUCCAAGGUGGAACUGGUGGAUAUUCAGAGGGAGGGCACCCUCCGCUACAUGGUGGCGGACGACACGAACUGCGUGGGUAGCUCUCAGUGGCAGAAGUGUCGGCUGAUGCUCAGGAAGGCUGUGAAGAUGGAGGGAGAGAGGUUCCUGCUGGAGUUUUAUGUGCCUCCAAAGGCUUCCAAACCUAAGGUCAGUAUCCCACUCUCCGCCAUCAUUGAGGUCCGGACGACCAUGCCUUUGGAGAUGCCGGACAAAGACAACACCUUUGUGCUGAAGGUGGAGAAUGGCGCUGAGUAUAUCCUGGAAACCAUUGACUCCCUCCAGAAACACUCCUGGGUGGCAGAUAUCCAGGACUGCAUAGACCCUGGGGACAGCGGAGACGAUAUUGAACUUUCCUCCUGUGCGCAGGGAGCCUGCUUGCCAGGCAGGGUACCCUCCUGCAGCUGUGAAUUUCUGGCCGAUGGUGUGCAGAGGACUCCAGACAGAUGUUCUGUGCUCGCCACCCACCCCACCACCCCAACCGCUGCCACCGUCAUCUCAGCCCCGCAUGGCAGGGCCAGGGACUCCUCGGGGGAACAUCUGGCCCACAUACCACUGGAAAACUUCCUGCAGACCCUGGAGUCGCCAGCCACCAGCAGUCAUUUAGCAGGGGAGGAAAGCGAGACAGAAGCGGAGAUCAACCUCUCAGAUUUCCCCUGGUUCCACGGGACGCUGUCACGGAUCAAAGCCGCCCAGCUGGUGCUCUUCGGUGGGACCAGGAGUCAUGGUCUAUUUGUCAUUCGGCAGAGUGAAACUCGACCAGGCGAAUACGUGCUGACUUUUAACUUCCAGGGGAAAGCAAAGCACCUGCGGCUGUCCCUAAACGAGAACGGCCAGUGCCACGUGCAGCACCUCUGGUUCCAGACCAUCUUCGACAUGUUGCGGCACUUCCACACCCACCCCAUCCCCCUGGAGUCCGGCGGCUCAGCUGACAUCACUCUCCGCAGCUACGUCGUGGCGCAGGGCCCCUUCUCUGAUGCCAGCCUUGCUCCAGCUGUUGCCUCCCAACAGCCCAGCUGCAGGAGCGACCUCCCGUCCCAACACUACUUCUCCAGCUUUGUGCCAGGCCCUUUCCAGCCCGCGUCGCCCGUGGAGGGGGCUGUCGCCUCUUCCUCCUCCACCGGCCACCCUCUGUACCACCGAAUGGAGGGGACCCUCAGCGCCCGGAGCCGCAGCAACAGCACCGAGCGCCUGCUGGAGUCGCCCAGCGUUAGCGCGGACGACUACCACGAGAGUGACGGCUCGCGCAACAGGACCAGGGCGGUUGAGAACCAGUAUUCUUUCUACUGA